GGUUCGGCUCGAAUUAGUCUAGUACAGUUAUUUAUAGUGGUAAAUUCCACCUAAAAAAAGUCACUUUUAAAGUUUCUUCUUAAUUAAAAAAAAGCAAAAUAAGUAAAAAUGUCUUUGCCAUACUUAUUGGAAAUUCUUCAGGAUAUUGAAAAUUCAGAAUCAUCCAAUUCUUCGCCAAUUUACGGAGGACAUUUUGGUCUUGGCCUACAACCCCGUUACAUUCAUCAUCGUCCACAAACAACACCUUCAAUUCGAUUACCUCUUGCAGUUGCUUUAGCUGCAGGUCGACUUUCUGAUCCACGUCGUGAGGGUAAAGGAGAAGCUGUUAUAUCCAAUGUAGGAAAGGAUGGCUUCCAGGUGUGCAUGGAUGUGCAACAUUUCAAACCAAGUGAGCUAUCGGUCAAGGUUAUCGACGAUUCGGUGGUGGUCGAGGGCAAACAUGAAGAACGCGAAGAUGACCAUGGAUAUAUUUCUAGACAUUUCGUUCGGCGAUAUGCUUUACCAAAGGACUAUGAUGCUGACAAAGUUAUGUCGGCAUUAUCUUCGGAUGGAGUUUUGACUGUUAGCAUUCCAAAGCCAAAAGCUUUAGAGAAACCAGCGGAAAGAGUUAUUCAGAUUCAACAAACCGGUCCGGCUCAUUUGAAUGUAAAGGAAAAUGGAGAGGAAAAGUCUGAGAAGGAGACGGAAAGUGCCGAAAAUGGUGAUCAGUAAAUGUAUCUUUUAAUAUGGAGAUGUAUCGGCAAUUUACUUACGAAUUUUAAAUUGUUUAAAUUAGUUUUUAGAUUGUUUAAGACAAUUAUAUAAAAGCUUAAAUUUAUAAAGGUACAUCUCAGCAUAUCUUAUCUACACGUUCUACAUUGCCGUUAAUUGUUCCAAACUUUCCUUUAACUAUCUAUAUGUAUGCAUAAGUAGAAUAAUAAGAACUUGAAUAAAUUA